AUGAGCUCUACACCAGAUUGGAAGCAUGAUUUGAAAGCUUCUGAACGAUAUGAUAAUAUCUCAAAGCUAAAGAAAUAUCUCUCAGUUGGUGGUCUUGGCGGCAACACGCAGAAAACUGCAUUUGAAAUAGAAGCAGAGGCUUAUAGUUCUUCGUCAUCAAGAGCUGCCUACGAUGAUUUAUGUAAUCCUACUCAGCAAAAUGGCGAGGCCUCUUUAUCGACAACAUUGCCAACACCCGAAAGCCCCGGUAUCACCAUAGGAUCUUAUAAAAACUGUCACCAUAUAUCGAGUGGUGCUGUCUCUCAAGUUUACAGGUGCGACAAUGUAGAGGCUUCCUAUGCCUUAAAAGUGAUAACAGAAACUCAUAACAUGGAGCCACAUUCUCCCACUCGUGAAAUUGCUAUCCUCAAAACGCUCUCACACCCUUCAAUAAUAUCACUAAUCACAACAAUGUAUGAUCAAGAAUCAAGAUUAGUUCUGAUACUGCCACACAUGCCACACACAUUAACAGAUCUACUAUCAAAAAGUAGCAACGGUCUCAGCACACGCACAACUAAAAAGAUCUUCAAACAAGUGUUAUCCGGGCUCGCAUACCUUCAUGCAGAACAAAUCAUUCACCGUGAUAUAUCACCAUCCAAUAUUCUUUUACCUCAGGAUAUCGAUGGUCAAACUCCCGUUGUCAUCGCCGACUUUGGCACCGCAUGGCACCCAACCUUCUCCUCAUCUGCUGAGCCCUCUGACCAAAAAUGUCUUGAGGUUGGUACCACAUGCUAUCGCUGCCCCGAGACUCUCUUUUCUAACACGGCUUACACCACGUCUCUUGAUCUCUGGUCUACGGGUGUUCUUCUCGCCGAAUGUCUCCGCUCGCCUCCUACGCCACUCCUCGAAAGCCGACGCGGCGAUGAGGAUGGGAAUCAAUUGGGUCUGAUUUUGAGUAUGUUCAAAACCUUAGGGACACCAACUGCGCAGACAUGGCCGGAAGCAAUGAAGUGGAAAACGAAUCCGUUUCAAUGGUGGAAUAUUUUCCCAAGCAAACCAUGGGAAGAAUUAUUACCAAAUGCAGAGGAAGAUGGGAGGGAUUUGGUCGCGAGUCUAGUUGUUUAUGAAAGUGGUAACAGAUUAACUGCGGAUGAGGCAUUGAAACAUCCUUUUUUUCUUUGA